AUGGCAUCGCCUCUGGCACCGCUCACAGAAGCUCAGAAAGAGCUCUUUCUCAAGAAUGGCUACCUAAAACUCACCGACUGCUUCACGCGCGAACAGGCCGCUGAGGUCUGUGAAGGUGUGUGGACACGGCUCGGCAUGUCGCCUACGGACAAGAGCACCUGGACAAAGGGGCGUACAAAUAUGCCACCACACCGCACAUUCGACGUCUCGGAAUUCGCGCCAAAAGUGUGGUCCGCGAUCUGCGAGCUCUGCGGCGGCGAGGAGCGCAUAGAGCUGCCCAAGAGCAGGGAGUGGCGGGAUUCGCUGAUCGUGAACCUGGGGACAGCCGAAGGCGAAGGCAAGAUGAUUUCGCCGCGAGAUCUCCCGCAAUGGCAUGUUGACGGGGAUUUCUUCGUGCACUACCUCGAUAGCCCUGAACAAGCCCUUCUCGUAAUCCCUUUAUUCACAGACAUCGUGCCACGAGGCGGCGGCACCGUGAUUUUCCCCAAGGGCAUCGACAUCGUCGCCAAAUGGCUGCACGCGCACCCGGAGGGUAUGUCGCCGUGGAUGCAGCCGCGCGGCUCGGACACGUUUAAGACCGAGAAGUACCAAUGGUAUAAAGACCUGCUGAAAGACGUGCCCGAAGAGGAUUUCAUCGAAGCCACUGGCGACGUAGGCGAUGUCUAUCUCCUGCAUCCGCUCAUGAUGCACGUCGCGAGCUCGAACCCGCUGCGCAAUGUGCGGAUCAUCACGAAUCCGCCUGUGUCGUUGAACGAGCCGCAUUGUUUCGAUAGGGCGGAUGGGAAUUAUAGUCUAGUGGAAAAGAAGACGAUGCAGAGUGUUGGCGGCGAGGAGAUGCUGAGAGGUUGGAAGAUCACGGGGCCGAGGGAGGCUGUCGUCCCGGAGCGCGUCAGGAUCUGGGAGAAGAUGAAGCAGGAGGAGGCUAAGAGGAUGGAGGAGGAGCAGAAGAUGUCCGUCAACACAACCACAAUGGCCCCCCUCGAAUUGACCCUCGUGGUGGCAGCGACCCGGAACAUGGGCAUAGGCCGCAACGGCACGCUCCCAUGGACAGGUCUAAAGAAAGAAAUGGCAUACUUCGCGCGCGUAACCAAACGUCUACCCUCCGUUCUCAACCAACCCAGCUCAUCGCACGCCAUGAACGCAGUGAUAAUGGGCCGCAAGACAUGGGACAGCAUACCGCCCAAAUUCCGACCUCUCAAAGGCCGUCUGAACAUCGUCAUCAGCCGCUCUCACGUGGACCCGCCAGCCUCGGACAUCGAUCCCGAGACCGAAGCCGUGAAGGUCGGCUCGCUGGAGCAAGCUACAGAGUACCUCCAAUCCGCCGCCGCGCAGCCAGGCAAAGUCUUCGUAAUAGGCGGUGCACAGAUCUACGCUUCCGCACUGCAGCUCCCGGAGGCGAAGAGGGUGUUGCUCACACGUGUCACGACGGACUUUGAGUGCGAUACGUUCUUCCCGUUGCAGCUUUCCGAGGAGGAAGAUAAUUCUAGGGGCCAGCGGUGGGUUAGGAAGUCCAAGGAUGAGCUGGACUCGUGGACGGGGGAGACGGUGCCUGAGGGUGUACAGGAGGAGAAUGAGAUACAGUACGAGUUCCAGAUGUGGGAGAGAGUUGAAUAA